GCCAUGGAGGACAUCAAUUCCAACGUGAACGCCGACGCCGAGGUGCGGAAGCUGCAGGAGCUGGUGAAGAAGCUGGAGAAGCAGAACGAGCAGCUCCGCAUCCGCAGCGCCGCCGGGGCCCCCGGGGGCAGCCCCAAGCGCCUCCCCAGCGGCGGCGGCGGCGGAGGAGGGUCCGCUGCUUGCACGCCGCCGCCCGCCGCCCCGCCGCCUUCGCCGCCGCCGUCCCCCGCCGCCCGGAGCAGCCCGCUGCUCUCGGGGCCCGAGAGCCGCUGCCUCAGCCCCAAGGCCGGGCCCAGGCGGCCUCCGGCGGGCGAGGAGAACGGAGGCGGCGGCGGCGGCGGCGGCGGCGGCUCGGAGGCGGCGAGAGCAGCGGGGGGAAACGCCGGCGGCGGCGGCCUCCUCCUGGACGAAGUGGAGCCGCUGAGGCCCGACGAGCUGGAGCGGCUGGCCGGCUGCGAGGAAGACGAGACGGGGUGGUUAUAUACCUCACCAAAGAAAAAAGUGACCCCAGUGCAGAAAUCAGUUAGUCCACUAGUUUGGUGUAGGCAGAUAUUGGAUUACCCAACUCCAGAUAUCGAAAGUGCUAAAAAGUCAUUGAUCCAUAGGCUUGAACAAACAAUGUCAGCCCUCAAGAGACACAGUCUGUACAGUAAUCCAUUCAGCACUGUCAAUUACACAAACUCUUACAGUCCAAACACUGGCAGUCCCUACAACAGUAGCUACAAUUCCCCUUCCUCCACACCAGUGAAACCUCCUUUAGUAAAACAGCUCAUUCUUCCUGGAAACUCAGGUCAUUUCAAAAGUUCAUCAGAUAGAAAUCCUCCACUGAGCCCACAAUCCUCUAUAGACAGUGAAUUAAGUGCUUCAGAAAUGGAUGAAGACUCAAUUGGCUCAAAUUACAAACUAAAUGACUUAACAGAUGUGCAAAUUUUAGCACGGAUGCAAGAAGAAAGUCUCCGGCAAGAAUAUGCAGCUACUGCUUCUCGGCGUAGUUCUGGCUCUUCAUGCAGUUCUAUGAGGAGAGGUACAUUUAGUGAUCAAGAACUUGAUGCACAGAGCUUAGAGGACGAUGAAGAUAGCUGCCAUCACGCACUGCAUCCAGCUGUGAAUCGGUUCUCUCCAUCCCCACGCAACUCACCACGGCCUUCACCAAAACAGUCUCCGAGGAAUUCUCCCAGGUCUCGUUCUCCUGCUAGAGGAAUAGAAUAUAGUCGGGUGUCACCCCAGCCGAUGAUCAGUCGUUUGCAACAGCCUCGUCUUUCGCUUCAAGGCCAUCCUGCUGAUAUACAGACUAGUAAUGUCAAAAAUGAAGAAAAACUAAGGCGUAGUCUUCCAAACCUGUCCAGGACAUCUAACAUCCAAGUUGAGUCUGUGAAAAACAGUAGAAGUGACUCAAACUUUCAAGUGCCAAAUGGAGGAAUACCUCGUAUUCAACCUCAACCCUCAGCCACUCUGCAAAGGCAGAAAAAUUUGCCCCGUGUUGCCUUCAAAGCAAAACAGCUACUUCAUACUCCAGCUACCAAAGGAGUACCUUCUCCCAGUAAAUUCCGGUCUCCAGCAGCACCGUCUCCUCUGGCUCUGAGGCAGCCGGUGAAAGCAUUUAGCAACCAUGGACCUAGUUCUGCUGUUCCAGAAGCCACCCAGCUAACACACAGCAGCUCUUCACCGGGGCCUUUGGCAGCUCCCAGCUCCGUCUCUGCAAGCCCAGUCAACAACAUCAAUAGUGCUACGCUUACAAGACCUGCAGGGACAACAGGGAUGAGAAGUGGUUUGCCAAGACCUAGUGCCCCCUCCACUGGGGGCAUACCAGUGCCUCGCAGCAAGCUCGCACAGCCUGUUCGCAGAACAUUGCCAGCACCCAAAACCUAUAGCAACAUGAAAGACGAGAGCUGGAAGGAUGGCUGCUACUGAACUGCAAACAGCGGAGCAGGUACUCCUUCACCAGGCUAAAUGACGGAUCGAUAUCCAGACCGAUCAGAUAAGACUUUGGGGGGUUUGUAAAUCCCUGAACCUCUCUGUCCUUAAUUAGCACAAACUGGCAGAGAUUAUAAAACAGCACUUUAAUGACAUUAACAUCAGAUACUUUGUGAUCAUUCAAAUCACUUA